AUGGCAAAGCAUCAUCCUGAUCUCAUCUUCUGCCGAAAGCAACCCGGAAUCGCGAUUGGGCGCCUGUGCGAGAAAUGCGAUGGUAAAUGCGUAAUCUGCGACAGCUACGUGCGACCAUGCACGCUCGUGCGAGUUUGUGAUGAAUGUAACUACGGAUCGUUCCAAGGACGCUGCGUAAUCUGCGGUGCCCCUGGCAUUUCUGAUGCGUACUACUGCAAAGAGUGCACGAUCCUCGAGAAAGAUAGGGAAGGGUGUCCGAAGAUUGUGAACCUGGGCAGCUCCAAGACAGAUCUGUUCUACGAGCGAAAGAAGUACGGCUUCAAGAAGCGCUGA